AACCUCCCCAGAUGGCGGCAGUCCUGCAGUUGUGCGUCGACGAACUCUGCUUGGUGUACCACAUCGCAGCGGCCACAAAAUGGCCCAAGCGCCUGACCGACAUGCUGCAGCAUGACAAGUUGUUCACAUUUGCCGGUUUCAGCAUUGAAAGCGACAAAGAGAAGCUGAAGUUGUCCGGUAUGGAGAUCAACCCCAACAAGUUCAUCGACAUUCAGCGCAAGUGGAGAGUUCCAUACACCGGAAAAGAGUACGACUCCUUGACUGAUGUUGCAGCCAGCGUCAUCCACCCAUUCUACAAAGGCAUGAAGAACAAGAUCAACACGUAG